CCAUUUACCAGCAAUUCAUACUACUGUGCUUGAUGGCCGUCUGUGCGCAGCAAGCCAUUGCAACCCUGAAGGCAUCGUACGAACGGUUUGAACAGUUUUUAGGCCACGAGUACAUCGAUUUCGAUCUGCGCGUUCGUAAGUUUAACCGCACCACGAUGACGCUUAACGGAACGAUCAACGUGAAUCAACCGAUCGAUGAUACGAUCCAGUUCUCAUCCGACGUGUUUCUCAGCCGGCUCGGGAAUCAGCAGUUUCAGCACUACCCACAGCAUCUGCCAACCAGUGGGAUCUGCGAGUUUAUUGAUCAUCUGCACGAGGAGUAUCCGGCAAUCAUUGCGGAUAUUGUAAGCAUUCCGGACCAUAAAGAAUGUCCAGUGUCGGAGCGUGCCAUGCACGUGGUGGAUAUGGUAUUUCCAUCCGAAAUUCUGCCGGAAUCGUUGUCCAGCGGUCUCUGGAAGAUGGUAAUCACUGGUAUGAUAGACGAAACGGUUGUAAUACGCUACAUGUUUAGCAUUCGCUUGACCGAUGACUACAUGAGAUAGUGAAAGCAAAGCAAUGGGCAA